AUGGAAUGUAUCUGCCUCGCAACCGUCUGGCUGGCGCAGGCGACGCGAGCGGCGUCUACACCCCCUAUUCGCAGCCAACAGAGAGACGACAUCACUCGGAUACUUCCCCUCGACGCCUUGGACGGACUCAACCGUUCUUACACCUCAGACUUUCCACACCGCGUCCCAAUCCGCUUGCCACGCUCGAGUAGCACUCCCAGAGCACUCCUCAUCAAGUUGCGGGAUAGGGUGCCGAAACAGGAUCCUGUUCUUCAUCACUAUUCCUUCAGUACGCAACGAGUAGCUUCUCUAUCGACUACAUUAGAUCCCAGCUCAUGCGUAUUGCCUGCUUGCGCGUCUGCCGGCAUGGUGGCUGGUGUCUCGGGGCAGAUCCUACAUCUGAUUGCGAAUGGUCGACUUCGCGCUCGCGCUGGAGCCACGUACCCUCGGACGGCUCCGCACUUCGGACCGUAG